CUCGAAAUGAAAAAAUAAUACAUGAUAGUGCUACUUCCCACCGUAUUUAACAUAAUAAAAAUGUUUGGAAGACUUAUAUUUUGCAUGUAUCUCGGCUUAAGAAAAUGGUAGCACCUUGAUUUUUUUUCAAAAGAUGCGCCGUCGAAAGCUCUAUAAAAUCUGUAUAAACAAUUCCUAUUGUAAAACAAAAACGUCUUCCAAACAGUUUUAUUAUCAUUUUGUCUUUUUUUAUGUCAUUUUUUUCUUAGGACUGACCUUUGUCUCUUUUUAUUGCAUUUUAUAUUCAAGGAUUUUUCAUAUUAAACAGAUGUAUAUAUAUAGUACUCGACCUCUACUAUACAGACAUAUAAUCAAAUUAAAUUAAUGUUGUGUAGUUUUAAUACACGAGUCAAAAUAAAAAAGUGGUGCGAGACUUAUGACGUCUACUGUAUUUCUUUAAAAAUUUCUGUUAAUCUUUUGUUUUUAGAAUUGGGUGGUUUUCCAAUUACGAGUGAUAGACCAAAUAUUAUAACUGUUGAGCGUGGUAGAUCUGCUGUAUUACCAUGUCAACCACCCACAGGUGUUCCUGAUCCUGAAACUUAUUGGACUGAUAACUCAAAUAUUGGUGAUCAAUUUGGUUUUCUGGUAUCAAAUGCAAGAAUACAGCAAGAUUAUUAUGGUCGUCUUUAUUUUUUAAAUGUGUUAGAUGAAGAUGAACAACGGCAAUACAUAUGUAAUGUCUUUAGUAAAAAGCUAAAUGUGAUUCGACGUGGUCAAUUAACACAAAUAAAAGUAAUUAAAACGGAUGCAUCGCUUUGGAAACCAAAACGUUUAUGGUCAUCAGAAGCAAAUAAAGUAUUUUUAAGAGGAUACAAAAUGACGUUGAAAUGUAUAUUUGGUGGUUUACCAACACCUCAAGUGAUUUGGCGAAAAUUGAACACAACAGGAUCAGGAUUUCCAGAUCGGCGUUCAUCGUUAACCAUGGAAAAACAAGAAUUAACAAUUAGUGAUUUGACAUUUGAAGAUUAUGGUGUAUAUGAAUGUCGGGGAACAAAUGAAUUGGGCGCUGAGGUCUUUAGUAUUAAUGUGCGUAUUGAAGCUCAACCAUAUUGGAAAGUAAAACCAAAAGAUGUUCAUGUCACAGAAGGUGAAACGGUUGAGUUUGUGUGUGAUGCUGAAGCAAAGCCACCUCCGGGCCCUGUUCAGUGGUUUCGAAAUGGUAUUCCUCUGUUGGAUCCAUCUGUGCCACGUAAUCCUCGACGUAAAGUAAUUAAAAAUCGUCUCGUUUUACAAAAUGUCACUAAGUUAGAUACGGCUGUUUACCAAUGCAACGUAACUAAUAUUCAUGGUUAUCAAUUUUCAAAUUUUUUUAUCAAUGUUAUUUCCGAACCACCAGAAAUUCAAAAAGGUCCAGAAACAUUGUUGCGUGUCGUCGAGGGAGCUGAUGUUACACUACAAUGUGAAACAUUUGGAGCACCGACGCCUAAAGUCUAUUGGUACAAACGAGAUCAAGUCAUUACGGGAGGAAGGUAAGACCUAUGCAAAAUUAACUAAAAAAUAUAUGUUUUUUGUGAUCACAAAGCGAUGCAGUGCUUAAGCGUUGCUUGUAAUUAGAAAUGCUAUCUUGAUUCACGAACAUCUCGAUAUCUGAUUAGACUACUUCAUGAUCUCCAAAUUCUGUGUCUCUGCUCUCACGAGGGAACCUCUCGAGGUGAUUAAAAGCUUUUCGACUCAGACUAUUUUCAUCAUGUAGGGAAUAGUCAGCAGUGAAAAACUCCAAGUUGGUUUGCGCCCAUGCGCCUUUUGGACGGAGAUAUGAGUUAAUUAAUGAAAAUGCCAUUAAUAAUAAUUAAUUAAUAGCUCACGACCAUGAUCAGCUAGGAGUCGGAAAUUUACACCACAGUUGAAGAU